GUAACCUUGUCCUUUCAGUUGAACUAAAAUAUAGUACGGAAUGCGCCAACCAAUAUGCUGUUUUCUUUUUCUUCAUCCCCUGGCGCAUCACUUCUUCGCUAGUAUCUCUGCCAGACCUACCUUUCCUGGCGUUUAUGACCCACCUUUCUUGGCUUCUGGCGCUGCUCGAUUUCCCGGUGAUUCACUAGAUAGCUGUGGUACUUUAGAUAGCAUGUGGAAGCGACCAAGAGUCGACAACCCUGGAACAUCAUUUCCUCAUGGCGAUUCCCCUCUAUCACCCGAGCAGGAUGAUAGGAAUCUUCCUAACGAACGUGAGCACGGCAACCACGAUUCUGGCCUCCUUGAAUGCGUCGUUGGCCCUUCAUUUUCUGGUAGGCCCUCGAAGCUUCCGAAGCUUACGACGGAGUAUCCUUUGGAAAAUAUGGGACAAGUCUGGCAAUCCAUGCCCUCGGAGCAAGACACAGGUCUGCUCGAAAUUAAUUUCGAACCAGAAACUCAGGAAGAACACGAAAGCAUUUGGGAAUGGGACGCAGCUCAAAUUGAGGGCCUUCUAGACAACCUUUUCGACGAUGGAGUGAAUUCGAUUCAUCAUUUUUGGAGAGAUCCGCAUCAAGAAACAUUGGAUUCUCUGGCAACCAGUUCUCGAUAUGAUCAAGUGACACCCUCCAGUGUCCUUUCUUACCAGACUGGAGGUCAUGCUCUAGAUUGGGAUAGUCCAAGGAUUCUCCAUUCACCCUUGGGAAGUCACCCUGUUCAUCAAAAAGCAGUUGGAAGCUCAAACAAUGAGAGAGGGGAACCUAAUGCAAGUGUUUUUCCGAAAUACGGAAAUGAGAUGGGUGUUGUGCCUGGAAUGCCGAUUGAUCCGCCUGGAUUGGGCUACCCGAGCACCAAAGAUCAACAUAACAUACCCUUUCUAUACAGUUGGUCCGAGCCAAUUACAACAGUUCAUCCCCUUGCAAGCCUAGACUCUCCCGAACAUGCAGUUUCUCAACUUGAAGGCUUAGCUGGCACCUCUAAACCUUUUCACACAAGUUGGAUUGAUCCACACUUUAUCCAGGGUCACUUGGAAAAUAAACCAAGAAACCAAGGAUGUCAUAACUUCCACCAAUGA